AUGGCAGAAAAGAGAUCCCCCUUUGUUGUGGGGCUAUUGGUGGCAGGCAAUGUUAUUAUUAUGCUUUCAGGGCUGGCACUCUGUGCUGAGUCUAUUUGGGUAACAGCUGAUCCCUAUAAAGUCUACCCCAUCCUGGGGGUCACCGGCAAAGAUGAUGUCUAUGCCGGCGCCUGGAUCUCCAUUUUCACUGGGUUUUGCUUCUUCUGCGUUUGCGUCUUUGGCAUUAUCAGCCUUGUGAACGGCAGCCGCCUCAUGGUGUUGUUGUACCUGGUACUGAUCCUGGUUGUCUACUUGUUUGAAUGUGCCUCUUGUAUCAGCUCCUACGCACAUCGUGAUUUUGUAGUAUCAAAUUCCAAACUGGUAACCAAGCAGAUGCUGGGCUUCUACUCAGCAGACACAGACCAAGGCCGAGAACUCACUCGGAUGUGGGACCGUUUCAUGAUGGAGCAACAAUGUUGUGGUGCCAAUAAUCCCUUGGACUGGGUAAACUAUACCUCCGUCUUCCGAAGUAGAUACCCUGAAGCAGUGGCACCCUGGCCAUUUUACUGCUGCAAACGUGAUCCAAACUUUAUCAUGGUCAACGAGGAGGGCUGCAGAUUGGGGCACACUGAUUACAUCAACACUAAGGGCUGCUUUGAGCACAUUAAGCAUGCAGUACAAAGCUAUGCCUGGGGCGUCUCCUGGUUUGGUUUUGCCAUUCUUAUGUUCACAUGUCCUGUCGUUCUUCUGGCUAUAUACCAUUACACCACAAUGUGA